CUGUAACACGGCCCAGAGCGCUCUGCUCUCCCUCGUAGUGUAUUUUUAAGCCCUGCCUCGGUUGCUUCCCUUCCCUGUGCCGCCAUUAAAGUCCGUCCGCUUGGUGUUUGUGGAAAACGGGAAAAUGAUUUAAAAACUCAGAAGAGACAGGCCGAGGGACGGGACCUGGGGAGGGGGGAGGGAGGGUUCUUGCUACGCGGUAUGUGUGGACUGUCAACUGCCAAGUAAACGGCGCCCCCAAAAGAAGUAAAUAUGCGGCUAGUUUCGUCCAAGUGAGAGGAGCCUGAGUUCGGAGUGGAGUUGGUUUCUCCGACCGGGGGUGGGGUGGGGGGAGAAACUCCAUUGGUUUUGGCUGCACCGGGCGUGGGGAGGGGGGACCGAGGAGUGUAAACACAGCAAAGCAAAAGGUGAGGGUUACAGCGUUAAGACACCUUCUCGUAGAGUUGAUAAGGGCCUCUCAGACGGUUACGAGCAAAACAUAAUCCCGUAACGUUAGCGAGCCGCAGCCAGCUAGCUUGGCCAUAAAUCCUGGAUGGCAACCGAGCGGUUGUUAUGGAAGUGUGCUGCUUGCUGUGUGAUCUCCUUGAGAGUGGAUCUGCCAAGCUGAGUCCCUCUGAACGGCAGGAAGCCUCCCUUAGCGGCGGUGCGACGAUGACCGAGCUGGUUGCCAAGUGGGCCUGUGAAUACUGCACAUACGAGAACUGGCCGUCAGCCAUCAAGUGCACCAUGUGCCGCGCUCAGAGGCCCAGCGGGGGUGCCAUCAUUACUGAGGAGCCCUUCAAGUGCAGCCCUGCCCUGGAUGCCAGUGUGCAUCAGUGGGGCCCUGCAGACCUCAGCAACAGUCCAUCUCAGGGGGGAUCUAGCUUACUUAUUUGUCCAGACUCCAGCGCCCGACCCCGCAUUCGCAUUGCUGACGUACCUGAGCCUAGUAGUAAGUGGUCGUGCCACAUGUGCACCUAUCUGAACUGGCCUCGAGCUAUCCGGUGUACUCAGUGCCUGUGCCAGAGGCAGCAGGCUCAACAACACCAACACCAACAACAGCAUGGGCAGCAUGCAGCCCAUCAAGGACAUCAUACCCAGCAGCCACGCAGCCCCACAGAAACACCCCAGACCUCAGGCUCUGGAUGUCGCCCCUCUCCCCCAACCACCACUACAGACACUUGUGAGGAAUAUAAUGACCGUAACAGGCUCAACACUCAUACACAGCACUGGACCUGCACUGCCUGCACUUAUGAAAAUUGGGCCAAGGCUCUCAAGUGUGUUGUGUGCGAUCACCCCACACCCAAUAGUCUGCUGGCUGAGCCCAUCGAACUGGCAUCGGAACCUGAGAGUCAACAAUCAUCCUCAAAACUUGACCAGGACAGGGACAACAGGAGGGCUGUUGUUGGCCACAUGGUUAGUCAAGGAGUAGGAGGUGUGGUGGGUGGUGUAGGGAGUUGUAGCAGCAGCCAGAGGAGGUCACCGCCAACGUUAAAGCGGGAGUCAGAGGUGAACAUGGACUUUCAGAGGAUUGAACUGGCAUCAGGCGCUGGGAUUGGGAGCAAAGAAGAUCUUGAGGUGGAUUUCAAAAAACUCAAGCAGAUUAAGAACAGGAUGAGACGGAGUGAUUGGCUGUUCCUCAAUGCUUGUGUUGGUGUCGUAGAAGGUGACCUGGCAGCUGUGGAAGCCUACAAGACAUCGGGAGGUGACAUCGCAAGACAGCUAACGUCCGACGAGGUGCGCCUAUUAAACCGGCCCUCAGCAUUCGAUGAUGGCUUCACGCUGGUUCACCUAGCCAUCCGCUUCCAGAGACAGGACAUGCUGGCAGUGUUGCUCACAGAGGUAUCCCAACAGGCAGCCAAGUGUAUUCCAGCCAUGGUUUGUCCCGAGCUAACAGAGCAGAUCCGUCGUGAGGUAGCCGCCUCUCUUCACCAGCGCAAGGGAGACUUCACCUGCUAUUUCCUCACCGAUCUAGUGACAUUCACCCUGCCUGCAGACAUUGAGGACUUGCCUCCAGCAGUUCAGGAAAAACUGUUUGAUGAGGUGCUGGACCGAGACGUACAAAAAGAACUUGAAGAGGAGUCUCCCAUCAUCAACUGGUCCUUGGAGCUGGGGACUAGGUUAGACAGUCGACUUUAUGCCCUGUGGAACCGCACAGCUGGGGACUGCCUCCUUGACUCUGUGCUGCAGGCUACGUGGGGCAUCUAUGACAAGGACUCAGUACUCCGCAAAACCCUCCAUGACAGUCUGCACGACUGUUCUCACUGGUUUUACACCCGCUGGAAGGAGUGGGAGUCGUGGUAUUCCCAAAGCUUUGGUCUGCACUUUUCCCUCCGAGAGGAACAGUGGCAGGAAGACUGGGCUUUCAUACUGUCCCUUGCCAGCCAGCCAGGAUCCAGCUUGGAACAGACCCACAUUUUCGUUCUUGCACACAUACUUCGUAGGCCUAUCAUCGUCUAUGGAGUAAAGUACUACAAAAGUUUCCGUGGUGAAACACUCGGGUACACCCGUUUUCAAGGUGUGUACCUGCCUCUUUUGUGGGAGCAGAGCUUUUGCUGGAAGAGCCCCAUCGCUCUGGGAUACACGCGGGGCCACUUCUCAGCGCUGGUGGCCAUGGAGAACGAUGGCUUUGACAAUCGCGGCGCAGGCGCCAACCUCAACACGGAUGAUGACGUGACAGUGACGUUCCUGCCUCUGGUCGACAGCGAGAGGAAGCUGCUUCACAUUCACUUCCUCUCAGCGCAGGAAAUGGGUAAUGAAGAGCAACAGGAGAAGCUCCUGCGGGAGUGGCUGGACUGCUGCGUGACAGAGGGCGGCGUUUUGGUUGCACUUCAGAAAAGCUCCCGCCGCCGCAACCACCCGCUCGUCACUCAGAUGGUGGAGAAGUGGCUGGACGGCUACCGCCAGAUCCGCCCCUGCGCCUCGCUGUCCGACGGCGAGGAGGAGGAAGACGACGACGACGAGGAGUGACGAAGCUGAAGUGGAGGGAGGCUAUCUGCUGGGGGGCAGGACUCCUCCCCCAUCCUCUCUCUUUUAGUUUUUCUUUGAGUUGGGGAUUUUUGUUGUUGUUGUUGUUGUUGUUGUAGUAUCCCCCCCCCUUUCCUGACACGGACAAACUGUGAAAAAUCUUCAGGAGAGGGCAGGGAACCACGAGCCCCCACCAGACCUCCACCUGACAGAAGACACUACUGCUCUUCUGGCAAACACAGGCGCUCGGAUAUACACAAACACUUUUCUCAGACCAGCCUGAGUCUAACGGAGAGAAAAAAGAUUUACGAAUGCAAAUUUUUGAUUUGAGUUUUAAAUGUAAAGGAAGAAAAAAAAUAUCUUUAUCCAUAGAUGUAAAUGCAUGUGGUUGUAAAAAACAAACAAACAAAAAAAAAAAGAGUGUAAGGAAAUAUACCAGCAGUGAUUCAAAUACUUUAUAUCCAUUCAAUAUGGGCACAGGGGAAAAAAAGAAGCGCACAUCCAAGUUUUUUCCAGAUAAGAGUUGGCUUGUUUGGCUUUUUGUUUUCAAACAGGCAUGGACAAAGCCAAUAAAUCUUAUUAUCUCCAGAAGAUUAAUGAAAAAAAUGAGAGAUUCUGUAAUCACAAAUGACUUUAAUCCUUAAUACUAAGCACUGCACAUUUAUUAAAACAUUUCUAUAUAAAUACAGUAUCAUUGCUUGAAUUGAGGUCACAUAUGAAGCUCUUGAAAAGGGAGAUGUUCCCUUCACAAGUCAAAUCUACACUCACUAAGUUUUAGCGCACUAACGUUCAUGUUGGAUCUCUUGGUUUACCUUUUUCAGACUGAUUGAAGUCGUGUGUGUGUGUUUUAUCUUCUAUGAAUUUAUUCUACAUAUUUAUUGUUUGGAAACUUAUUUGAGCUAAUAAGAGCUUUCUGUAUAUUAUUUUCUCUCUUUUUUUUGUGGUUUUGUUAAUGAUUCAAUCUUGAUGAAGACACAUUGCACAGAAACACUGUUGCCGCGAGGAAAGAACCAAUCAUAACCAUCAAUGAAAAAGUUUACUUGGGUUUCUUGCGUAUGGUUUUUAGUACCUCAUAUGGAUGCCUAAAACCUGGUGCUUUUAUUUUUUCUGGGCAGGUGAGUGUGGACAUAACCCCACCCCCCACCCACUCUGAGUCACGCUUGUCUAAUCGCUGUCUUGUAGUUCCUGUUUGCCCCCACCUUCCUUACAGCCUGUGUUGUGGAGGUCACCCUCAUGGUACACGUGACAUCGCUGCCUCUGUAAAGCCCGUUUGUUGUCAUCAUGUGAACCCACUUUUAUUUGAUUAGUGACAGAUUUCACCACGUAAAACCAAAGCUGACAGAAAAAGAAAAAAAAGUUGUUCCUUUCUCUCUCUUUUUGCUGUGAGUGUUUGCAUCUUGUUUCCUCUCGCCAUCGCACUCUGUAACCUCUUUGUGUUUCAUUCAAGUCAUACACGUUUUUGAGCAUCACCUGUAUGUUGCUUUGUAUUUAUGCAAUAGUUGCAGUUGUGACUACGAUGGUUUGUGGAUUUAGGCGUGACUUCGCUAAACAGAGUGUAACAGAAAGAAAUGGGCAAAAAUAAGGAAAAAAAAAAUAAAAGAACCUUUUUGAAUGUCCAACUAAAA